UAUACAUCCUCUGUAAAUCUUAUCCACCGGUUCAUUUGUUUGAUUAAUUAAUUUUUAUUUCAUUCCUCUGUUUUUUUCUUCCAACAAAACAACUCUUUCCAUUAAUGGAAACCAACAAUAACAAUCUUCAAUCCAUUUCCUCUCAAUUACCUCCUCCGCCGUCACCAUCACCGUCGUAUUCAUCAUUCACCGCCGAACUUUUUGGUGACAAUGACUCACAUCCCUCCUCCGGAAUGUUUUCAUCCAUUUUUCCACCUCCAUCCACGGUACUGGCAAGAGAUACAAACUCUUCGCAGUUCACCGGAGUUAUGCAAGAAGAGACACCGGGGAGAAAGGUUUGGACUACCACCCAGGGAACUUCAGCGGAAAAUGUAGCUAAGAAUGUGGCGAGUGCAAAAAGUAGUAUAAAGAACUUGGAGAGAAGGUCAGUCUUUCAGGAAAGGCUCGAGCCUUCUCCCUUAAGUUCAUCUUUAUACUAUGGUGGACAAGAAGAUAUGUAUGUCUGUUCUUCAAGUAACACAUCUUCACAAGCAUACCCUAAGUACAAGAAAGUGGAUGGAAAAGAUGAUCCUAAUUAUUUGCACAGUGCUUCUCGAGGAAAUUGGUGGCAAGGGUCGCUAUAUUAUUAAAACGGUGCCCCUUUUUAGAAAACACCAUGAAUUCUCCAGCUAUUAACUAAGGAAAUUCAUGAAGUCUUUAUAGAAGUUGAAGUUUUUGUUGAUAUAUAAGCAGUAUUCUCUUCACAGUCUCACCUCGCCCUUUCUCCUUUUGUUUUCCAAUCUGCAUAACAAACGUUUUUGGGACUUUUGGUAUAUGUUAUUCAGGUUUUUCAUAUAAAUAAAAGCUUUGUUCUUAUGCCUAUUAACAACAAAAAAAAUUAUAGUUCUGUGCCAUAAUCAAUGAUGCAAAUUGUGAGGAAAA